GGAUCUGUGAGAUGAGAGUUGUGGAGGCUCUGUUGCAGAGAUGUCUGUAUUCUGUCCCUCCCUGGAUCUUGUUCUGGGAUGAGCAUUGUCUGCUCCCCUCAUGAAGGUCACCCACUCUACAAUAAUGGUGAUGACCGGUCUGAGAGCAUUCUUGCUGAGAACCACGUGGAUGGCACCGUGGGGAUCCUGAGUGGAGCUGGAGGGAGGAAACCCAUGAAGACGGGCAUGAAGGAGCUGGCAGUGAUGAGGGAGAAGGUGAACGAGCAGCAGCGGCAGAUGGGCAAAGUCAGCAAGGCCCAUCACAACCACGAGGACUCCAAAAAGUCACGGCUGUCGACAGGCAGGACCCCUUGUCAGCAGGAGCUGGAUCAGGUCCUGGAACGCAUAUCUACCAUGCGGUUGCCAGAUGAGCGAGGGCCCCUGGAGCAUCUCUACUCCCUUCACAUCCCCAACUGUGACAAGCAUGGCUUGUACAAUCUCAAACAGUGCAAGAUGUCGGUGAAUGGGCAGCGUGGCGAGUGCUGGUGCGUGGACCCCAUCCAUGGGAAGGUGAUCCAGGGUGCACCCACCAUCCGUGGGGACCCUGAGUGCCACCUCUUCUACACAGCCCAUGAGCAGGAGGACCGGGGAGCACACGCCCUGCGGAGCCAGUAGACAGAUGUGAUCUUGCUGGCUGGAGGUGGCUCACUGUGGCCCCAGUGCUGGAUUUUACAUGAGUUUCAGCAUGUCUCUUUAAGCUCUGGAAGAGACUGGGUGCUGCCCUCCUUCCUCAGCUGCCUGGUUCCUGGGGAGGGGAGGGAUAAUGGGAGGGGAAGGCAGUGGGGGUUUUGCAAGGAGAAGGGACUGCUUUCUUAGUCUUUCACCCAACAUAAGCCAGAAAACUGGUCUUCGCUCCUCACUCUGCAGCCCUGCCCUCCCUGCUGCUUCGCGGCAUCUUUCUGCACCCUCCAGCACAGAGUGCCAUGUGCUCCCUGACCCUUCCCAGGGGACAAAACCCCUUGCUAUGAGUGGGAGAGGGUAAAAACCUGAAAGAGCCCAGCCUUUCCCCCUCUUUUUCUCUCUUCCCCAAGACCAAAGACUGUAAAUACUGUCACCUGCCUCUUGUGUCCUGCCAGUCAGUCUCUUGUACCUCAGCCCAGCCAUCAGUCCUGGCAUGGGAUGUGGUGUGGGAGGGGGGGAAGGAAGAAAGACCCCACAUUCCCAGCUGGAACAUAACACCACAGUUGGGAUGUGUUCCCCAAGGAAGCAGCAGUGAGGGAAAGGGCUAAAGAUGAGACAGCUGCCACCUUGCCCCCUAACAACACUCUUGGGUGCUUCCUUUGCUCAUGCUGGGGCACACCACAGGGACCUGGCUUCAACCACUGGUCUGGGAGCAUGGGGCCUUUGGGUGAUAGCAAAGCUAAAUGCUUGUUUUUCCAAGGGAUUUGAAGGGCUUUUGCACAGUAUUUCUUAGGAUCAGCUUAUGCCGAGGGAGCUAAAAUGAACUUGCUGAGGCUGGGUGGAAGGAUGCGUGUGUAGAUUUAGGAUAACAAGCCAGGGGAUGUCUCUCUCUCAUUCAUUUUUUCUUUAUUUCUAGAUAGGAAAAAACAAAACAUCUAAAACCUGCGUUCCCAAGCAGCUGCCCUUGUCCCUCCAUUUUUGCUUGGGACUGAAGUGAGCAUCUGUUAUUCAGCACAUAACUUUUUCUUUUUGUAAGUAAAUUACAGUAUAUAUCCUGCUCUGUAAAGGCCCUCACACACACACAACACACAUACACACUCUCUCACUCCUCUGCCCACAUACACAUUUGUAUAGAUGAAAUCCAAGUGAUUCCAGGUGCUCUGAAAGGUUUUGUGCUGGACAUACUGAGGAGAGAUGUGUCUCUGCUGUUAAUUCACCUGUUGAUUUCUUUCUGUACAGAACACACUGAUGCUGAGAAUAAAUAACUUCCCCAUUGCCUAAGCAAGGAGGUUUUAUUAUUUUCUUUGUUUUUUGUUUUUUUUUUUUUAAUAUGGAUUGUCCUUAUUAGAGCAGUUGCAAAAACCCUCUCCUUGGAGUAAACAUCUUGGGCUUUUCUUAAAUGGUUUGUUGUUUCUUGUCCCCCUUCUUGGACCCACAUGUCAGAUCUGAAGUGUGAAGGGCACAGGGGGUGGGCUCUGUAAAUUAGGGCCCUCAUGCCUUUGCAGGGGUUUGGACAUGGCAAUGGGGGAGACAGGGGAAGGACUUUGGAAAGUUGGGGAUGGGCAUACGUGGAUGUGUAUGAAUGGGAGCACAUGAAAGAAGAAAACACACCAUGCAAAACCAAGUAACUGUAAAAAUGUUGCAACCUGUUUUCUGUUAACAUCUGAGGGUGUUCUGCUUUUUCACAUAAAACUUGCACAUGCUGGCUCUCA